GCGACGGCGCCGCAGCUGCCCUUACUCAAGAUGUCUGCGGUACAGCGCGCCGCCUCGGCGGGGCGGGGGGAGCCCUAACCGCCCCGCGGCGGGAAGCUGCGGCCGCUCCGUGUGUGAAGCCGCUCUGGCCCCGCAGCGGGGGAGUCCCGGUGCCGGGGCCGAGCGGCGGGCGAGCCUCGCCCCUCCCCAGCCCCCUCCAACGCCCCCCGAGGCGGGGAGAGCUCGGCUAGGGGAGACCUGCGCGGCGGAGGGUCGCGAAGGCAGGUUAUUCUGAGUAAUUCCAAGAAUACCUUUCAACAUGCCUGAAAAUCCUGCAGCAGAUAAACAGCAGGUGCUGCAGAUCCUUGAUCGUCUGCAAGCAAAACUCCGUGAAAAAAGAGAUGCUCCACAUAAUGAAAACCUGACUGUUUUGCGUAACACACUCAGGAGCCCUUUGUUUAACCAGAUUCUGACUCUCCAGCAAUCCAUCAAGCAACUGAAGGAGCAACUUAAUUAUAUGCCUCCAGACUGUUCAGUAGAUUUCGAUUUUACUAAGAGAGGGCUACUGGUGUUUGCUGACAAAUCAGUUGCUAAUGGGAGCUUGCGUACACCUUGUGAUUCACCUGAACCCGGAGCAUCUCCUUUCAUUCCAAACCUAGGAGUUAAUGAAUUUAACGCAAUCAUCCAACAGAUGGCAAAGGGCAGACAAAUAGAAUCAAUAAAGAUAGAAAAGCCUUCUGUUGGAGGUCUUGGAUUUAGCGUGGUUGCCCUUAAAAACCACAGCUUGGGAGAAGUUGGUAUCUUUGUCAAGGAAGUCCAGCCAGGAGGCAUAGCUGACAGGGAUCAAAGACUAAAGGAAAAUGACCACAUACUGGCCAUUAAUUGCACCCCAUUGGAUCAGAACAUUUCCCAUCAGCACGCUAUUGCGCUCCUCCAACAAUCCACAGGAUCUUUACAUCUGGUUGUUGCUAGGGAGCCAGUUCAAGGCAACAGCAGAACUUCGGCUGUCUUAGCAAGUGAUAUAAAUCCACCUGAGACUAUUCAUUGGGGCCACACUGAAGAUGUUGAGCUGAUUAACGACGGUUCGGGAUUAGGCUUUGGAAUUGUAGGAGGAAAGUCGAGUGGUGUGGUUGUGAGAACAAUUGUUCCUGGGGGAUUGGCAGAUCGGGAUGGGCGGCUCCGGACAGGAGAUCACAUCUUACAAAUUGGUGGGACCAACGUUCAAGGAAUGACCAGCGAACAGGUUGCUCAAGUGCUGAGAAACUGUGGGAACUCUGUUAGGAUGAUAGUUGCAAGAGACCCAAAGUGUGAAAUUACAGAGACUCCUCCAACUCCUGUGAGCUGGCCAGUUAGUAUAUUACCCUCCUUUCAAAAUGAGAAUGAUAAUACCGAUCUUUUUGAGACCUAUGAUGUUGAACUUAUAAAAAAGAAUGGGCAAAGCCUGGGGAUAACAAUUGUUGGAUAUGCUGGCAUAUGCGAUACAGCAGAACCUUCAGGGAUUUUUGUGAAAAACAUAAUACCUGGGAGUGCUGCUGACCAUAAUGGCCAAAUUCAAGUUCAUGACAAAAUUGUAGCUGUUGAUGGAGUUAAUAUUCAGGAUUAUACGAACCAAGAAGUGGUGGAGGCAUUGCGUAACACAGGACAGACUGUGCGCCUUACCUUGCUUAGAAGGAGACUUUCUUCUGCUACUCUUUCUUCAGAAAGAUCAUUAGAUAGAGUGCAGCCAACUGUUCCAGCCUUAGUGUCCCUUGGAGCUGUAGGGAUUGAAACUAGCGUGGACAGUAAGAGUGGGGAAAACCAAGAACAGAAGGAUAAUCUUCAAAAUGAAAAGAAACAGAGUCUACAUAAAACAGAAAGAGUCCCAUUCUCUCCAGCAUAUGAGCUGAAAUCCAAGUGGGAAAACCUGCUGGGACCUGAUUAUGAAGUUAUGGUUGUGAAUGUGGAUAUGCCCAUUACAGAUGAUUCAGAGCUCCAGAAGUACUCAAAGCUAUUACCCAUCCACACCUUGAGAUUAGGAGUUGAGCUUGACACAUUUGAUGGACAUCAUUACAUAUCAUCCAUUGCUUCAGAUGGUCCAGCUGCAACACUUGGCCUUCUGCAACUGGAGGAUGAACUGCUAGAGGUAAAUGGAGUUCAGCUGUAUGGAAAAUCGCGCCGUGAGGCAGUCACUUUUCUGAAAGAAGUGCCACCUCCAUUCACACUGGUUUGCUGCCGGCGCCUUUUUGACGAUGGCAAUGAAUCUCUUGUUGAUGAGCCGCGUGCAGGGGUUUUGCCUCUGGAGCAGAAGGUGAAACCUGAGGAAGGCAUUAAUCCUGAGGAGGAAGAAGGGGAAUUAGCAUUAUGGUCUCCUGAUGUGAAGGUUAUUGAACUGGAGAAAGACAAAAAUGGUUUAGGAUUCAGCAUUUUAGACUAUCAGGAUCCCUUAGAUCCGACCAGAACAGCCAUUGUGAUCAGCUCUUUGGUGGCAGGCGGAGUAGCUGAACGUGGAGGGGAGCUUUUACCAGGCGACCGCUUGGUGUUUGUAAAUGAGAACUCUUUGGACAGUGCCACUUUAGGAGAGGCAGUGGAAGUGUUGAAAUCUGUGCCGCCGGGUACAGUUUCUCUUGGAAUCUGCAAACCUUUGGUGGGAGAAAGCAAAGAGGAGGAGGAGAACAUGUGCAACAUGGAUUCCAGCAAUGUUAAAACCAGCACUGGAUCUCCAGAACCAGCAGAUAAUAAUUUCUCAAUAAUACUUGAAGCCCCACAGGGCUUCAGAGAUGAAAUGCCUUUUAAAGAAGAGCUUGUUGAUGAACCAGUUUUGGAUUUAGGAAGGUCAUUUCAGCUUCCUCAAAAUGAUACGGAGUAUGAGAAGGAGUCCUGGGAAAUGCAUGAAUUUCUGAAACCAAGAGCAGAAGAAGUAGAUGAAGAACGGGAAAUGUUGGUAGAUGAUGAGUAUGAAGUGGAUGCCGACUUCCUGAAAUAUAACGUGUCAGGUGGACAGAAGGCAACUUCAGAGAGGGACCUCAACUCUACAGAGCAAUGGGCAAAGAAACUUGAGACAAAUACAAUACAAAACUUAAGAUCUAGUGUUCACUUCAGUCGAAAACAGUCCCUGGAAUAUCCUCUCCAUGAAGAGCCGAUGUAUGAAGAAAAUGCUAGUAUAAGUUCACAAUCUUCUGGAACCACAGCAGACAGCAGCUAUCAGAAAGGCAUAUUUGAUACUGAAAUUACCCAGCCAGGAGCAAAAAACAAGACGGAUUUAGGUGCAAAGCUUCAAAUUGACUCCAAGGUACCUAUGCUUGCUGUUGAUCUGGAAGCUAUUGAAAAGGAACUAAAAGAAGAGAAUUGUAUUUUUUCUAAGAAUCAGGAAUCUGGGAGAGUUACUGCCUUACCUCAGCCUAGAACAGCAUUGUGCAGUGAAUUACCUGAGAGAGAAGAAGGAGAAGGAGAAGAAACUCCCAACUUCAGCCAUUGGGGACCACCACGGACUGUUGAGAUCUUUCGAGACCCUCAUGUGUCUCUUGGAAUCAGUAUUGUUGGUGGACAAACCGUCAUAAAGCGCCUGAAGAAUGGAGAGGAACUUAAAGGGAUCUUUAUCAAACACGUCUUGGAAGACAGCCCAGCAGGAAGAACAAGGGCUUUAAAAACUGGAGAUAAAAUACUUGAGGUUUCUGGGGUAGACUUACAGAACGCCACGCACGAGGAAGCAGUAGAAGCUAUCAAGAAUGCAGGAAAUCCUGUUGUGUUUGUCGUUCAGAGUUUGUCUAACAUGCCAAAAGUGGUUUCUCCUGUGCAGCCUAAGGGGAGCAAAGUUCAGGACGCAGAGAAAGAAAAUAAGACUGAAAAGAGAAGAUAUGGGGCUCCACCUCCAAUGAAACUGCCGCCUCCGUAUCGAGCACUGGAAAGACUGCACCCGGAGGAAGCUAACGUGGAUGAAGAGGAGGAAGCUUGUGCGGAGAAAAAAAUUAGGCAAAGAUAUGCAGAUCUGCCGGGAGAGUUGCACAUUAUUGAGCUUGAGAAAGACAAAAAUGGGCUUGGACUGAGUCUUGCUGGGAACAAGGACCGAUCUCGCAUGAGCAUCUUUGUAGUUGGUAUCAAUCCAGAUGGACCUGCGGGACGAGAUGGAAGGAUGCAUAUUGGGGAUGAGCUUUUAGAGAUAAACAAUCAGAUAUUGUAUGGAAGAAGUCACCAGAAUGCUUCUGCAAUAAUUAAGACUGCUCCAUCAAAGGUCAAGUUAGUUUUCAUACGAAAUGAAGAUGCAGUCAAUCAGAUGGCUGUUACUCCUUUCCCAUUACCUUCCAGCUCUCACUCUUCUAUUGAGGAUCAUGGUGGCACUGAACCUGCAAAGAGCGAAGAAGACACCAGCUUGGAAGUUGUCAUGAAAAGCUUGACUGAUGAGCAAUCCAUCAAAGCUGAUGUGAAAUAUAAAGUUGACAAACCAGCAUUGGUAGAUCAGCAGGAAGUGGAGGAGCAGCUCCCAGAAAACGUCUUCGACCAGAUCAAACAAUCAAAAUCUUCCACAAAAGUACCGGUCACCUUACAGGAGAUAUCUCUGGUGCCAGCACCUACUUAUCUUUCUCCAGAGGCAGAAUUCACCAGCCGUAGUGUUCUUCCACCUCUGUUGCCUGUGGAUCCAGCAACCUGUCCUAUUGUUCCAGGGCAGGAGAUGACUAUAGAGAUAUCUAAGGGUCGAUCGGGCCUUGGUCUCAGCAUCGUUGGAGGGAAAGACACUCCGCUGGACGCCAUCGUCAUCCACGAGGUCUACGAGGAGGGGGCGGCCGCUCGCGACGGCAGGCUCUGGGCCGGGGACCAGAUUCUCGAGGUGAAUGGGAUCGAUCUGCGGAACGCCAACCACGAAGAAGCUAUCACGGCGCUGCGGCAGACCCCGCAGAAGGUGCAGUUGGUUGUCUACAGGGACGAAGCUCAUUACAAAGACGAAGAAAACUUGGAGAUUUUCCACGUAGAUAUACAAAAGAAAACAGGCCGAGGGCUAGGCCUCAGCAUAGCUGGGAAACGAAAUGGAAGCGGAGUGUUUAUCUCUGACAUUGUUAAAGGAGGAGCUGCAGACCUAGAUGGAAGAGUAAUUCAAGGAGAUCAGAUUUUGUCUGUUAAUGGAGAGGAUAUGAGAAAUGCCUCACAAGAGACUGUUGCCACUAUACUUAAGUGUGCCCAAGGCCUGGUGCAUCUUGAGCUGGGGAGAUUGCGAGCUGGAUCGUGGCUGUCGUCACGGAAAACAUCCCAGACCAGUCAGGCGACCCAGCAGAGCGUCCACAGUCACUUCCGCCCUGCGCUUGCGCCCGUCAUCUCGACCUUGCAGAAUUUCGUCAGCACGAAGAGACCUUCAGCAGAUGCGUCUCAGAGGAACUCGGGAGGAGCAGAUAUGGGCCCAAGGACUGUGGAGAUAACAAGGGGACCAAAUGAUGCACUUGGUAUCAGCAUAGCAGGAGGGAAGGGAAGUCCGUUAGGAGAUACUCCCAUCUUCAUUGCUAUGAUUCAAGCCAGUGGCGUGGCCGCGCGUACCCAAAGACUCAAAGUUGGAGAUCGGAUUGUCAGUAUUAAUGGGCAACCUUUGGAUGGGCUGUCUCAUGCAGAUGCUGUUAAUCUACUAAAGAAUGCUUAUGGGAGCAUUAUCCUGCAGGUUGUGGCUGAUACGAACAUCAGUGCCAUUGCUACCCAGCUGGAGAGCAUGUCUGCGGGAUGCAACCUUAACUCUUCGUUGGAGCAUCCGUCUGAAGAUCCUGAAGCACCUCAACCUAAGAUUAUUACUUUGGAGAAAGGCUCUGAUGGACUGGGAUUUAGUAUUGUAGGGGGGUAUGGAAGUCCCCAUGGAGACCUGCCCAUUUAUGUCAAGACUAUAUUUGCCAAGGGAGCGGCGGCGGACGAUGGCAGACUGAAGCGCGGCGAUCAGAUUUUAGCCGUUAACGGGGAGGCGCUGGAAGGUGUCACUCACGAGCAAGCUGUGGCUGUUCUCAAACGCCAGAAAGGAACUGUCACGCUCACGGUGUUAUCAUGAACGGCAUUGCCCUUGCGGAGAUAAAUGCAAUUAUUUUAGCACAUCAGUAGAGCUAUUAUGAUACUGUUUGGCCCUGAGCAGGAUGCAGAGUGAGCGGUGGCAGAGAUGAGUCCGUGCUCCUCCCAUUGCCAGAAUUGCUAACGUGUAUCUCCAGUCUCCUUUAGCCCUCCACCUUCAUCAGUCGGCCUUUCCGCCCUGCCUGCCCACCCUCUCCUGCUUCUGGUGGCUUCUGGGUUUUCUCUGAACAAAUUUAAUUAGGAAGCUUUAAAGAAUAAUAUCCUUUUUGCUUUAUCUAUGCAUGGGUUUAUCCCCACCAGUGCAAACCCCGGCUACCGCUGCCGAACCUGGAAUCGGUUCACACACAAAAGAGAAUUUAGAUCAUCAGCUGAUCUCAUCUGAUGAGCAGAAAUAAAUGCUGAGUGACUUGUCAUCUCACUCAUGAUUUACUUAUGCUAAUUGUCCUUUCAAGUAUGCCAGAAAACAUUAGCAAUGUAAUUAAAUUACCACUGUUCCAAAUGAUGAAAUAUCAAAUUCUCCUCUGGGAAAUUAUUUGUGCUCGGCACAGUAAGUCUGAUAGUCAAAUGUGAACUUCUCAUGUUUAUCUCUUUGGGUAGGUCUGUGGAAGUUAGUCAGAGGUAAUUACUGUGAUGUGUCAAUUUGCAGCCUUUAGCAUGAAAAAUCAACUAGGGGAGAAGGAAAUUUAAUUUUUUAGGCUUUUAAAAUAUUUGAGCCUUUUCAGAUAUUGGUGAUGCAUGAACAGCAACAUAUCUUGUUUUAUUCUAAUAAUAUUUUUAAAGAAGCAGCAGCGUGCUGGUGUGUGCCAGGGACGUUGCACACAAAGGCAGUUGUCGUUGUGCCAAGCUGCAGCCUAAUUGUUCCUCCUGAAGCUUUAAUGAAGACGAAAGUUUGCUCCCGUAACGUGAUCCGGCAAUUCUGGGAGCGACGGCGAGCUGCUGCCCCUCUGCACGCUGUCUGUAAGGCCGGGUGAAGCUCACCCAAACCGGCGGCCCAUUUUCAGCUCGCCCGGAGCCUCCGCAGCAGCAGGGAGAGGCUUUUCCUGGCCGCGGAGGGUGGUUCCUCCACGGGGUCACUCGGUUUGGGGUCCGACUGCUCCGGCAGUGGCAGGAGAGAGGGUGUAGGAACCCCGUUUUGGGUGAGACCGCUCUGGGCCAGAGGGAUGGGGGUGCAGGACCUGCCGCCAAACAGUCAGCACCUUCGUACCGCGUCCCGGCCGUUUCAGCGGCGAUUGCAUGAGCGCGGCCUUAGUGAUUUUGCAGAUGAAUUUGGCAGGCAGAUUAAUGGUAAUGCCGGUCGUUGUGGCUUAAUCUCACUAUCCAGGGGAGCAGCGGGGUUUUAGAGGAGCAGCCCGGUCCGAUUUGGGCUGUUCGGUAUAAUUUACAAUGACGGUGUAGCAGGGAGAAGCGAAAGGAGGGGGUGCCUUCAGAAUUGCCUGCUCGCUUUAUGUGAAAAAUCUCUCAAAAUAAAUGGAACGGGGAUCCAAAAUCUGUAAUAACUGUGUAGCGCGGGGUUUGCGUCAGAAGUACUCCCGUUCAGUAUGGUUUAGCCAGAGCGGGUAUUCCUCCGUUUGGUGUAAGAGGACAUGUGCUGCAGCGAGAUGCAAUACGCUAAAACGAGCAAGCUGUGAUUAGCGCUCAUCAAAAACGUCUUCCUGAUUUCAUUUGAAAGUUUUCUUCAACUUUAGGUGGUCACAGAGUGCAUUCAGCCUGCCGGCACUGUUUGUGGGUGUCCCUGAACGAGACGUACCUUGGGAAACGCAGUCCCAUAUGGGAUUUGCCAAAUGAAGUGUUAGUGGCACCUGGGUUAUAGAUGCACAAAAAUAUGUCCAGACAUAUUGAAUUAGAGAAUUUUUAGCAAACUGCCUUUGGUUGCAAAAGUAUCUAAGGUACGCAGACGUUAACCGCAGGUAGGUGAAAUGCGAAGCGGUACCCUAGAAAUACUCUACAGAGUUUAUGGACAAAGUGUAGCGAUUCAUCAGUCUGAUUAUGUUUUUAUAGCCAUGAUGUUCAUACUUUAAGAUAUUGCCACAUUUAAUCUAUGGAGUUUUACGUGGCUAUUUAUUAGCCUCUUAGGCGCACACUGUCCAUAUACGUAAAUAAUAGAAUUUACGGGCUGAGAUAUUUUGCACUUCUUAUUGCUCAGAAUGGGAGAUAAUAUUUUCUGCUUCUUGUAAUUUGCACUUUGUCUUUUGAAUAUAUUACUGCCAAAAAUCGUAUUGCAACUAAUUGAUAAACCAGUGACCAUGCAGAGAAGCGUGUGCUGUAUGUACAGGCCCAAGUUAUCUAAUUAAGUUUGCAUUACGCUUGUCUGGGUUGAGGUGUUCUGGUUUGUUUAAAACUUUAUUUCUGUGCAAGGGAAAAAGCAAUUAAAUUUCCUGGCUGUAUGUUUACGUAUAUCAGUAAAAUGAGACGUUUUAUGACUUCCAAAGAUUCUAAAUAAAGCUCAGUUAACUAAGUA